AGAAUUUCUGAGAACUUUGGACUAGGUACAGGGCUUACACCUACAAAAUGUAGCAGUCAUCUUCCCCUCCUCCGGUGUAGCACCGCUUCCCUGGCAGGUGGUUAUCACUGAGUGAGUGAGUGGCUUGGGAAGGAAAUAAGAAUUUCAAGAAUUUUGUCCAGCCGAUGACUAGUCAAUCACACUCAGGAAGUAGCCAAACGCAUGCAGCCACGAGCAGAGGACGCUCCUUGCGACCGUGACGGCCGGCGAAGAAGCGGCCGUCGGCCAAACUAACGCCAUUCAUUGAGGUCCACAUGACAUGACUUAAACAAAUUUGACAGCCACCUACCACUCCGUUGGAGCUUGCACGUCCAGCCAAGAUCAAUCGAAAACCCACCUCAGGUCGCCUGCUAGCGCCCCUACCCGCGCCGCCCGCCUGCCCCGUCAAUCGGCGAGAGACAUGGAGGCGGCGCACGUGCUGGUGUUCCCGGUCCCGGUGCAGGGCCACAUCAACGCCAUGCUCCCAUUCGCUGCCGCUCUCCUCGACGCCGGCGCCCACGUCACAUUCCUCCACACCGACCACAACCUCCGCCGCGUCGGCCGAGCCGCCUCCGUGGCCAGCUCGCCGCGCCUCCGCUUCCUCUCCAUCCCGGACGGCCUCCCCGACGACAGCCGGCGCUCGGUGGGCGACCUAGGGGAGCUCGACAGGUCGCUGCGGGAGGUGGGCUCCGUCAGGUACCGUGCUCUGUUCGCAUCUCUGUUGUCUGCAGGGAGCCCGAACCGAGCUGGCGCCGAUGACGAGCACCGCUUCCCGCCGUUGACCUGCGUCGUCGCCGAUGGCCUGAUGCCUUGGGCGAUCGACAUUGCCGAGGAGCUCGGCGUCCCGGCUCUCGCCUUCCGCACGUCCAGCGCCUGCAGCUUCUUGGCCUUCAUGUCCGCCCCCGGGCUCUUCGAGCUUGGGGACCUCCCCUUCCCUGCAGGCGGCGACCUCGACGAGCCGGUCCGUGGAGUUCCGGGUAUGGAGAGCUUCCUUCGCCGCCGGGAUCUUCCAAGUUCUUUCCGCCGUCGCGGUGACACCGACGACGUCGACCCAAGUCUUCACGUGGUCGCCAAGGCCUCCGCGCACUGCGGCAAGGCACGGGCGCUCGUGCUCAACACGGCCGCCUCCCUGGAGCGGUCGGCGCUCGCGCACAUCGCGCCCCGCAUGCGCGACUUGUUCUCCAUCGGGCCUCUCCACGCGAUGUCGCCGGCGCUAGCGGCGUCCUGCAGCUUGUGGCGCGAGGACGACGGCUGCUUGGCCUGGCUCGACGGCCAGGCGGAUCGGUCCGUGGUGUACGUCAGCUUGGGGAGCUUCACCGUCAUCUCCCGCGAACAAUUCAAGGAGUUCUUGUCCGGGAUCGCCGCCACCGGCUACCCGUUCCUCUGGGUGCUCCGACCGGACAUGGUCUGGGCAAGCCAGGAUGGCGUCCUCCACGAAGCGGCGAUGGCGGCCGCAGGAGACGGCAAGGCACGUAUCGUGGCGUGGGCGCCGCAGCGAGACGUGCUGCGGCACCGGGCGGUGGGGUGCUUCCUGACGCACGCCGGGUGGAACUCGACGCUGGAGGCCGUCGUGGAGGGCGUGCCGAUGGUGUGCUGGCCCUUCUUCGCCGACCAGCAUGUCAACAGCCGGUUCGUCGGCGCCGUGUGGAGGAACGGGCUGGACAUGAAGGACGUGUGCGAGAGGGGCGUGGUGGAGAGGACGGUGAGGGAGGCGAUGGAAUCUGAUGAGAUCAGGCGGGCAGCGCAGGCUCUGGCGCAGCUGGUGAAGCGCGACGUCGCUGCCGGAGGGUCGUCGGCGACGGAGUUAGAGCGGCUCGUCGGGUUCAUCAGGGAGCUAAGCGCGUCGAAGGCGACACGCGGUCUCGGUCAGUGAACGAAGGAUCUUUUUUCCGAGAUAGAAAGAGGGUCAAUGACAGAUAAUUCAGAUAUGUAAAUGCAACAAGCAGCCUUUACUCUGUUUAUAAUUUUUUCCCCCCGGACUCCUGGUGGUUUUCAAAUCUCGGUGUUAUUGAUUC